UUCUAUCUGCUACACAAUGCAUUCCAGAUUUGAUAUAAAUAUAAACGUAGGUCUAUAUAAAUAUCGAGUAUUUGUAAAAAUGCUUCACUAUUUUACAGGAGAGGCAUUUUAAAAUUUUAGUCAUUUUUCAACUCUAAUUUAUUUAGUGGCAUUUCUUCACAUUAUAAAAUUCUUUCUUCGAUAUGGAGUCGAUAUCGAACCCUGUCUCGUUCACGAAGGAAGGUUGGGUUGAUUACCGCCGCGAGAAGUUGGCACCCCCCUCCAGUUACGAGCCAUUUUGGUGGGAGAACUUCGAUUGGCAGACUUGGGGGGAAGUGGGGAACAGAAAUAAGCAUUACCCCGUCAUAAUCAGUGGGGUUUACAUCGCCAUAAUAUUUGGACUUCGAGCUUUUAUGCGAAACAGGAAGCCAUUCGUGCUCAAGAGAGAACUCGUCGUUUGGAAUGGAGCUCUGGGUCUGUUUUCCAUUUUGGGCGUGAUCAGGGUGCUUCCAGACCUGUGGGGCAAGAUCAAUCGACCCAAUGGCCUGCAUUAUGCGCUCUGUGUCAAGGACGACAUUAGUAUUCCAAUGUCAUUUUGGGCAGCAGCAUUUGUAAUUUCGAAAAUUGUAGAGUUGGGUGACACGGUGUUCAUUGUGUUGAGGAAAAAACCACUCAAAUUUCUGCAAUGGUUCCAUCAUUCCGUGACCCUAAUUUCCACGUGGAACACGGGACCUUACUUGGAACCUAUCGCGAGAUUUUACAUCGUCAUAAACUAUGGGGUCCACAGCCUGAUGUACCCGUAUUUCUCCUUGAUGGCUUUGGGAGUCCGAAUUCCCCGAAAAGCAGCAAACGUGGUGACAUUUUUACAAUUAGUCCAGAUGUUGGUGGGCGUCACGAUCAAUUUGUACACGUCGUAUCUCUACUAUUUUCACGCAUCAUGCUACCGUCAUCCCUUCUCAAUCAUAAUGAUGUGGAUAGUUUAUGGAAGCUUCGUCGUUCUGUUUGGAGAUUUAUUUUAUCGUCUCGUCAUUAAGAAGAAAAGUGAUAAAUGUGUGAAAGUAGAAUAAGUUUUAUUUGUACAUAAACUUUAAUAUUAUUUUGAACCGAGUGACAUUAAUAGCAAAUAAAGGUAGUUUCCAAACAUCUGUAUGCAGCAUUAGCGUCCGUACCUGCCAUAUCCUAAAAAAUAGAAUAAUUUGAACUAUGUA